AUGAUUAGUCGAAAAGUAUUAGUAGCUGCCGUGGCUAUAGUAUUUAAUGUUGUGCAAUUAUAUGCAUCGAUAGAAGGAAAUGAUAGCAAUAAUAUAGAAGAAGCACAUAUUCCUAAGAAUUUUUCAAAUGUUGAUCGUGCAGGACGAACGCUAGGAAAGGAAUGUGAAGCAUUAAGCGCUAAGUGUCUUAAAAUACGAGUCUUAUCAUAUAUAGAAGACUUGAGCUCUCGCGAUGAGCUACAUCUUCUACCAGGACUUAGUAUCGUUAAAGAGAGUAAUGGAAAUGAUACUAGUCCUGAAGAAAUCGCUGCAGAAAUUGCAAGACAAAACCCUGGAAAACCUGAAGAGAAACUGAAUAGGUUUCUAUUGUAUCGGUUGCAAAAUUAUUUAGAUAAUCAUUCUUUGAGGUAUAGACUCUUGGAUCCGAAGACCACUAAAGAUGCUCUGGAUAUGGCUAAGGGUGAUACCGAAGCUAUGGGCAGGAAGAGUGGUGGUGGAGGAGGCCUUGGUGGGAAAGGAGGGGGCGGGAGUGCAUUAUUGGCUGCAGCUUUAAUGAUGAAAGGAACCCUUGCUGCAGCAGCUCUUGGUGCUCUGGCACUGUUGGCGGGCAAAGCUUUGAUGACAGCGCUGAUGUCGCUACUUCUGUCAGCAUUAGUGGGACUAAAAGGAGGAGGUGGGGGGAAAUCGACAACGUACGAGAUCAUCACCAAGCCCGAAGUAUCUCAUCAUCAUUCCCACAGCCAUGAGGAGCAUCAUGAGCAUGAACAUGGACACGGAGGAUACAGGAGAGCUUAUGACCCAAACUACAACAGCUACAUGCCAUAUGAUACCACAAACUAA